CCAUCGACCGUUCCGCAGGUCGAUUCUCCAGCACUCGCUGUUGCGUAGCAAAUUUGGCAGUUUGGUGAUUGGUUCCAGGUUCAAAUGUUUGAGAUGUGAGACUGCUAAAACGGUUCUAUUCUAUCCUGUGUAACCCAAGUGACAGAAGCAAUAACUUUUAUUGUGAAGCCAAUUCGUGUACUGGAUGUGUACUCCCGCGUAUUAUUACAUCUCUGUCGUUGGAGUUUAACGAGCGCAAAAUGUAUCAUAAAAUCACCGAGGAUGGAUUUCAGUUGUCUACCAACGGUUAAUUCGGCCCAUUUAUCUGAUACGGCAGCAGGGCCUAUCGUUCCGUGGAAAUUUUGGCAGCAGUUCAAGUAUUAUAUUGUUAUACCCAAUUUGUAAUCUUGAUUGAACAGAAGACGUAAUUGUGAUUGAUUGAGUGUGCUUAUUGGAUCCAUGGUGACGUUAAAUAGGAUUAACUGUGCAAUAGAAUUUUUCGCAAUACAAUUCAUGUAGUAUAAAUGUUGAAGUUUGUUGAAGUGGUUCGUGUAAUUCAUCUGGAUAUAUAUCAUUUUCUGCGUAUGUGGUACAGGAAGACUACGCAAUGCUAUUUCGGCAUGAUCGGUUUGAAACUACCGGAGAAUUAGUGGAUAAACUUUUCGGAGAACCCAUAAAGGUUCCUGUGAGGGCACAGAACUUCCCACCAGUAUGAAGGAAACACAUCAACCUCAUGAGCACCGCGUGGGAGCACUAUUUGGCAGCAUGAGUGUUUUUGGUUACAAUCGAGUAUAUAUAAUGACGAGAUGAACACACAAAAAUAAUAAUGCUCAGCACAAACGAAACAUAUGGAAUGAAACAAGUAGCAAUUCGGCAUGAAAAUGAAACCUUCGCGCCUGUGAUAAUCAACACCACAACCGUGUUGGACUUAAUCUACGCGGGAGAGUCGGGGUUGCCCUCCGAUAUGACAUCAGCUAAUCAUGGCGGCGUUUAUGACAACACAAUCGACAACUUAACGGCUAUUUAUGGCCCGAAGCGAGAUCCCCUGUAUGUGGUGAUACCGAUAACUAUAGUAUACGUGCUAAUUUUUCUCACCGGAGUGGUCGGCAACAUAAGCACGUGUAUUGUGAUAGCGAAAAACAAAUCAAUGCACACGGCAACCAAUUAUUACCUGUUCAGUUUGGCCAUAUCGGAUUUUCUAUUAUUGGUUUCGGGAGUCCCGCAAGAGAUCUACUUUAUCUGGAGCAAAUAUCCGUACAUUUUCGGGGAGCUGUUUUGUGUGGUGCGAGGAAUUGCAGCGGAAACAUCGGCCAACGCCACCGUCCUGACAAUCACGGCGUUCACCGUGGAACGCUAUGUGGCAAUAUGCCAUCCAUUUUUGUCCCACACAAUGUCCAAACUUUCCCGAGCCAUUCGAUUCAUUUUCGCCGUGUGGAUCGUGGCCAUUGUGUCCGCCGUUCCGCAGGCGCUCCAAUUCGGGGUAACAAACCAAUCAGGUGUGGACCAGUGUGUGGUGAAGCGGAUCAUUAUCCAGCACUCGUUCGAGCUGUCAACUUUUCUGUUCUUUUUCGCACCAAUGACACUGAUCACGGUGCUCUACGCGUUGAUAGGGCUCAAACUUCGGUCUUCCACAAUGAUGCAGCGCGACGGAACGCUGCAACGACGGUGCAAUGCCUGUCCGAAUGCUCGCCAGCAGGGAACGAGCCAAGGAACGAGAAGGGUUCUGAAAAUGUUAGUUGCGGUUGUGGUGGCAUUUUUCAUCUGCUGGGCACCUUUCCAUGCGCAACGGCUAGUGUACAUUUACGGCGUUGACAAGGACCAUCAACCCAGCGAUCCAUUGAUUCUCAAGCUGUUCGUGAUAACCACUUAUAUUUCGGGCAUCCUGUAUUAUCUAUCAACCUGCAUCAACCCACUGCUGUACAACAUAAUGAGCAACAAAUUUCGUCAAGCUUUCAAGGAGACGCUGGCCCACGGCUGUCAUAUUGCGCGCAAACCACACGGCGAAGAGCGACCAUACCGAAUACUAUCCCGACGGAAGCGACGGUCCAUUUCAAACAAGGAGUCUUCUGAAUUCUCAGGCAAUUCCAUUAAGGAUGAUAGCUUGUACUCGUCCUCUACUCAAAAGCAAUCCAUCGAUUCCAUAGCCCCGUCCCGAGGCCAUUCUAUAAAACGCUGCGGCCGCGAUCAUCAUCGCUCAACGCCGGCGGAACGCGAAGUCGGAUCGACGACGGAACGCAGCAACACCGCAACUCAGCGGCAUCCGUCCCAGAUAGUGGUGACCUCAUCGGCGCAUCUUAAUCUCUACACGGAAGAGCGGGAACUUUUUCUGAACAUUUUCCCGUCAAACGAUUCCCUGUCGCCGCCAUCCGAGCACCAUAUGUCCCGCAUCAGUAUACAGCUGAAUCGGCUGAGCUCCGAAGAUUCCGCACAGCUGUGUCUGUCUUCAUCGCGUCAGGAUCCGGCACUGAUUGUGGCAACAUCCUUCCAGGAUAACUCUUCCCGCCGCCAGCACGAACAACAACAGCGGCAAUAUGGCGAGAUAACCAAUUUGGAUGUGAGACACAGCAAAGAAGGCAAAAUAAAAAUAUUUAUUAAGCAUAAAAAUCGUGAACACCGCAAGCGGCUCAAAUUCUGGCGAUACUUUCGUCACAUAUCGCCGAAGAAAGACCGACAUCUUCGUCGCCACCCAACGCGCCCAACGACGGUACAUUUUUACAGUCCGGAUUUAUGCAGUCAGCGCGAUGACGGUUCAAAGGGUGAACAACAUUAUGCGUAUCAGCAGCAGCAGCAGCAGCAGCCGCCGCCCUCAUCAGUGGCGGCAGUUCCGACGGUAGAUUUUGGCCUAUCAGCUUCGAGCGGCUUCGAGGAUGACUUGGAAGCGUACAUGAAAGAGAUCAAAUUGAGGCAAAAUCAGUGCGGGACGACCGUCCCCUGAGUGAUUUGUGCGACGACUUUGGCGAUAGAGCUAACACACGUCGCCUCCCCCACAAACGGAAAGCGUGAGGAAAUUUACUACACACAUUGUUAUCUACGAAAAGGUUCUUCUCUUUCUCUGAAGAACCAUUAGGGAAUUGAUUUUUCAUUUAUGCCGAAAAGUUGAGCUGCAGACAGACGGUGAUCGUUUUUCGAACGUUUUCGGUGUGAUGGAAGUAUUGUUGUGAUAAUCAUGUAUAGGAAAUAUCUAGGUUCGGGUCGGUACCAUGUGUAAAGGUGUAAACGAAACUAUAUUUUACGACAAGUAAUCCCGCUAUAGAAGAGUUUAUAUGUGUCAAUUUGAACUUGAUUCACAAAAGCACUAUUUGUCUGUCGGUUUCUCUGAUCAAACUCACAGACGGAAAUAGGGUCCAGUGGAUGUGUGUGUGUGUGUGUGUGUAUGUGUGUGUGUGUGGUGUUAGAAAUUACGAACAGAUUAAUUCAUCACCCCGCUAAACGAGAUCAUUCAGUGUGAUACUUAAUUCAAUCAAAACGCUUCAUAUAAAUAGAGCUUGCUUCACAUUGAAGUGAACGAAAGAGGGCAUGCAUCGGAGCUGUUAAGUAGAGAUGCAAGCGUGAAAUCAACGAACGAAGAGUCUUGGGUUGGAAUGUGGAUUUGCUAUUUCAAUAAAAUAAAAUUAAAAAAAUCAGACAACGUAAUCUUCGAGUGAAAUGGCUGUUCAUAGAUUUACCUUUUUUAUGUUAAAUUCAUUGCAAUAGUUUAGUAUAUGUGCAAUUAAAGAAAAUAAGUAAG